AGGGAAAACAACAAAAACAACAAAAAAAUCUCCACGGGGUAUCUUCCACUCCAAAGACAACAACAUUAAGAUUUUAAUCUUUUUGUGCUUUGUCAGCCUGCACAAACAUAUCAAUUGUGCAAUUUGCCUUCCUUGCACAAGCCACAUGAAUGUUGACACCCCCAUUCAUAUGCCUUGCACACUCCUGUCCCGAAACUAAAGUGACAUAGAGCAUGUGCAUACUGUCCAAGUCAAGCCUGGCUCACCCUUAUGUGCUUAGUUUUGGUUACUACGAGGCAGUUGUGUAAACAAAACAGGGAGAUGAUCACAGCCCUACAUGGCAGUCGAUAAACUAAGAGCGGACAUCAAGCUUUAGGAAAGUUCCUUUUUGGAAUGUUGUGAGGAAGAAAAGGCAAAGCCAUUUUUUCAGUGGCAUGAAGUAAAAGUCCUAGUCGAUCUUUUUUUCCACGUGUAUUUUACUUCAUUAUUUAUAUUUCUAGCAAUUUUCAGUUUUAAUUGGCUACAUUUCCUAAAUAUAUUUUUUUUAUGCUUUCACUCUUUGUUAUUCUUAAAGGGGAAGCCAACCCCAAUUUCUUUUGUUCUGUGUAGCCCAACUAGUCAAAACACAGAGUUCUGAUUAAUAUUUUAUAUUAAGUUUGUUUGUGGCAGGUUAUAUCAUAAUUCUGCAAAGACAUUUCAUCAUGGCACUAGUUUCACUGGUGCUUAUAAAUUUAUUAAAAAAAAUUAGAAAGAAUAUACUUUUAGACAUUUAAUAGACAUUUUAGUGCACUUUUUGUCUUUGUUACUCCCUGUCUAUCUUAAAUGUAUUGUCUGUGCAUAGAAUGAUUGCUGUUCUGUAUGAUAACUAAUACCGAGACAAGCGUUUCCAUCGGCUGGCCACGUUAUCAUGCGGAUGCAGUCAUUCCUGGUGUGAAGUCUUGUCAAAUGUCUAAAUGCCAUGCAAAUAUUCAUGCAGUUUUUAUUUUUUGCUCAAAUAUUUUCACUUUUUUUACUGUCCACAGUCUUGGUUGCUACUGUUCUGUGUUACUUUUUUAUGCGAUGUUAAUAUCAGUAAAUUCCUCCCCAAUUUUAUUUUUACUCUUUGCAAUAAAAUAAUAAGCUUAAAACACACAUGAAACCAAUUAUAAUAAGAUGUUUUAACAAAUAUUACACUUGAUAGGCGAUUGAGUAAGCAGUUGUCAUGAAUGUGACUUUCCUUUUGAGUUGCACCUUCACCCUGUCAGAUUCUUCCCGAACCCACUUCCUCCUUGUCCUUGUGCCACCCGUUCAGUUUCUGCAUGCAUCUAACCGAUGCACAAAGUGAUCUUGAAUGUCUCACAGGAGACAGGAAGAGAGAAGAAGUGGCUGAAUGGCUGCAGACAUGCUCCCUGGAAGACCACCGGAACCAGAACCAUUCCACCGCCCUUCCCAUAGCCAACGGUCACUACCUGGCGCUGGUUCCAGGCAACAGGAGGCCCAUCGACCCAACUGUUGCGGCGCAGUUUGCUCAAAUUGAACAACCUUACAUCGAUGAGUGCGCUUUGCGCGGGGAGCAAUUGCGCAGGCUCCAGCAUCACCAGGAGAAGCUUCAAGAAAUGCACCACCGCCAAGAACAAGAGAGACAGAAGAAGCAGUGGUUGGAGGAGGAGCGGCUACGGCUUGAGCAGCAGAAGCAGCUGGAGAAACAGAGAAGGGAACUUCUGCAGCUGCAGCUGCAACAGCAGCAGCAAGAGCAUCGCCAACGCAGGCAGGUUCUACAGUGGCAACUGGAGCUGGAGCAGCAAUACCGCAUGCAGCAGAAACAGAUCCAACAACAGCAGCAGCAGCUGAGAAGAAGUCCGACCGGAGUCAUGCUCUCGCCAUCUUCCGGUUUGUGCACCAUCUACGAAGCCAUGGAAACCAGCGACGAGGACGAUGACGCCAGAGUAGAACGUAACAGGAACAUGCAAGGACGGAGGAUGAUGAUGCGAGACUUCCAGAAACAUCCACUACCUCCCCAAGAAGCGGAGUGGAACCAAAAGGUGGACAUUGUUCAACAGCUUAUCAACCAAACACUGAUGUUGUCUGAAAAUGGAGACUGUCCACCCCUCCUUCUCCUACCUGUGGGGACAGGUGGAACUUUGAAUCGCCUCGAUAGCAGCAAGUGGCCCAAUUUGCUGCAACAGUUCAGUCCCCCUGCUGCUACCGUCACAUCGGUCAGCAGCUACUCACCAGACGGCCAGGAGGCCUCCUCACCUGGAGACUGGACUGUGGUGGAGGUGGAGACCCAACACUAGUCAACCAGGAAACAAGGACAAAAAGAAGUUUAGUCUUUUGCAACACACUGAUUGGUAAGUUGGGUGGCAAGAUUCACAACUAUUUUAUCCAAAUAUAUUCGUAUAUAAUAGCUGAAUAUAGUAAUAUUGAAUGUGUGGAUGCUUUAAAAAGCAUUUACGCGUUUAACGUUGAAGAAAAAUCCCUUUGACAAAUUAAUCAUUUCAAAAUACACAUCAAUAAUCAUGUAAGCAUAGUAAACAGGAUUGAAUUGAAUUUGACAUUCUGAAAACUAUGAUAAUCUGAAAUACUUCUUUCUUGAACUUUAGUGGCAAACUAAAUAGUGUCUCGCCAUCUAGUGGUUGAUAGUGGAAUUACACCAAAAAUACAUGGGGGGGAAACUAACUGCAACCAAAAUUGUAUUUUUAAAAAUCUCAAAAUAGCAGUCCUGUGAACCUAGAAGUGUUUUAUAGUACUGAUACUGUUAAAUAUGAUCACAGCAUGCUUCCCUGCUAAAUUUGUCUUCAUUUAAAAGCACUGCUUUCAUUCUGUUUACAUUUAUGUUGUGUGGACCAUGCAGACAUCUGUGCAUUAGUAUGGUGUUUUUCUUCUAUUCAGAAUUCUCUAGAAAUAUUUUAUUAGAUCUCAGAUUGUGAGAGUAUACCUAGUGUGUGUAUAUGUUUCUCAAACUAUGACAAAUGGCACUUAUAUUUUAUUUUAUCAUGUCAACUGGAGUGUCCACACAGGUAAGUUCUGUUUACUGAUGUUCAUGUUAGUGGCCCACCAAACCCUCAGUGUGGAGAAAAAAAAAAAUGAAACAGACUAUUGUACUCAUCAAAUAGGAUUAUUUUCAGUCUGAAAAGGCUUUGAGCACACUCAACAGCAUCCAGUCAUUAAGUGUUGCUGUGACUUCAUCGGACAACCAGGAUUUCAUGGACCCCAUAGAAGCAUCAGUCAUGGAGGGAGUGUGGGAGAGAAGAAGGCCCUUCUUGUGCUGUCAUGGGAGGAGGGGACACAAUGGACGGACGGGUGAGGGGCUUGCAUGGGUGCUGGGGGGCGUCAGGGGUGCAGUUGUUGUCAUCCCUCUCAAAUUCCAAAGCUGUCGCCUCAUUUCCUGGGUCAGCCAGCAUUCAGGGAGUCGCCAAGGUUACCGAUGAUGUCAUGGUGAGGGAAGACGGGUUUAUUUGGGAUGAGACAAUGCACCGUUUUGGGCGGGCAGCUGGUGGGGAUGGGAGGAUGGGGGGAAUCUUUAUCCUUGUAAGGUCAUUUUGAAAAAAACUUUAAAAAAAAAAAAAGUAGGUUGUCUAUAUAUUUCACUUUAUUUUAUAAAUAAUUUUGUAAAGGUGUAUUACAUGACUGGGCAAGUAGCCACAAACUUUUCCAGCGUCCCACAUGGGGAACAGCUGCUUUGUUUUUUAAGCCAGGGAAUUUGCGCCCCCUUGUGGCUACUACGGUCAUGGGAUACACUGUUAAAAAUUGAGUUGCUGGAGAUUUAAUUAAUGCCCAACAUUUUCAAAUGCAAUCAUAUCUUUAGGCUCAGCGAGCACUUUAAGGAAUGGUAAGGUUAAAAAAAUGGACCAAUAUUAAUCAUCUGAAAAGUGACUUUAACUGUGAAUUCUGAAUAUCCCCAGAUAUAAGACAUGUUUAGACAUUUUCUAUUCACUGUAUGUUGUACAUUUAGAUGUCUUUACGAUCUUGUGUUAUUCAAAGUGUAGGAAAGCAAGCUUAACCUGAUAAUUAUAUGCAUUAAUGGAGCAACAGUGUCAUCUAAAGGCUGGAUGAGACAUUAGCCUUUGUAUUAUGAAAAAGUUUUAUACAACAAAUAUUUAUAGAAGUACUCCUAUUAAAAAGAAAUUUUCUAUGUAUUAAAAAUUUCUAUAUCUGCCAUCAUGUGUGGCAUUUUAAAGCAGCAUGUGCACAAUUCAUCUAUUCUCUAGUUUUUUAAACUAAUGUGGGAAACACAAAAUAUACUUUAUUAUAUAAAAUAAGAUUUAUAAGACAGGCAGUAAUAUUGCUAAUAGCUGCUAUACAUUCAUAUUGAUUCAUUAAAACCUUUAUGAAUAUCUCAGCUCUAAUGAGCACAACCAGCGUUUGCAAUGCAUGUUACUGUAUAUCAUUUAAAUUAAAUUGUCUACAGUGCCUCAAUGUCCCCUGUUAUUUAUUCUUCAACUGCUUUCUUCCACCUUUUUUCUCUAUAUUGUGUCCAAAUUUCAUGGUUAUGUAGUCACAACUGUUUACAUUGAAAAUUGUAUUGUUAUUAUGUGUUAGUUUGAUCUUGUUUUUUUUUUUUUUUAACCGCACGACUUCUGGUGUUCCAUUUGCCAAGUCACUUCCUGUGCAAAACUGAGAUAACGCUUGUUCAAAUAAUAAAGACAGUUGUUGACAACA